CGAUGUUUUGAUAAAAAAAACAAAACGUAAAUAAAUUUCUCUGACGAAACAAUGCAGUUUUUAAAAGAAAUCAAUUUAAUUUUAAUUUAAAAAUGAACUGAAGUUUAUUUUUACAUUUGUUGUUCAUCAGUAAGUAAAACACAAUUGUUAGAAUCCGUGGUACCAUGAAUAGUCAAAGUGGACAGUUAGAAAACGAAUUGUGCCGAUUGUGCCUUUCGGAUGAAAGCGUUUCUUGUCCCAUUUUUGCAGAUGGAUCCAAUCUACAUGAUCAGAUACUUCAAUGUACCGCUUUGAAGAUUGAUGAAGUUGAAGGAGUACCAUCCAGUAUAUGCGAAAUCUGUAAAUCAAAACUGGUCAUUUGCUCACAAUUUAUAAAACAAUGCCAGAAAACAGACGGAAAAGUUCGUGAAAUUUACAAAAAAUACUUCGAUCUCCAAAACCAUGAGAAAUGUAAUGAGACAAAUGAAAUCGAAAUUAUUGCUUGUGAAGAAUAUGAACUGGUUGGAACGGAAGUGGCAGAGGAGGUAGAUACUAAUGGGCAAGUUAUAUAUUUUGAAAUAAUCGAUUCCACAAACCAGGAAUCGCAACUCAUUUUGAAGCAAGCACAUGAAAUUGCUUCUGUUAGCAAUGAAAAUCUAGUUACGGAUGCUGGCAUCACCCCUAACGUUACACUCACUGUUGAAAAAGUUGCAGAGGUUUCAACGGAUAAAUCAAGAACAGAAUCUGAUGCAGUUAUCCCUCCGAACGUUACGCUCACUAUUGAAAAACUUACAGAAGUUUCAACGGACAAAUCAGAAACAGAACCUGAUGUAGUUAUCACUCCAAAUGUUGAAAAACUUGCAGAAGCUUCAACGGUCAAAUCGAUGACAGAAUCUGAUCCAACUAUUAAAAGUUGUAAUAGUGAUAAGCCCAUUGCCUCUAAGAUAAAAUCAUCUACCGUAACUAAAACACGAGGUCUCAAGAAAUAUCAAAAACCGUGUCCCAUCUGUGGAGUACUACAACGUAAUAUGAAUCAGCACAUGCAUGUUCAUACUGGUGCCAAAAAAUAUAUCUGUCCGGUCUGUAGUAAAGCAUUCUCCCAGAAAGGCAACUUAACGUGCCAUCUCAAUAUCCACACCAAGGAGAAGCCACAUAAAUGUGAUCAAUGCGAUGAAGCAUUCGGUGAUCCUACUGGACUCAAAAUGCACAAGAUAAAACAUUCAGAUGUACUGAAGUAUGAAUGCGAUUUGUGCAAGAAAACAUUAAAAUACAAACAUUCCCUCCAAACUCAUAUGCUCAGCCACCGGAACGAGCGAAGGCACGCUUGCACUUAUUGUGAUAUGGCUUUUGUGACAAGCUCUGGCUUGAAAAAGCACAUUCGUACACACACCGGAGAGCGUCCAUAUCCGUGUUCUAAUUGUUCGAAAGCGUUUACCAGUGCGGGAAAUUUACUUUAUCACAAGAGAAAUACUCGUUGCAAUCGUGGUUCGAGCAAAUUAAAAAAGGAUAAAAAAUCUGCUUCGCCUCCAAAAAAUGCUAAGCAGUAAAAAACUGUUAUAGCAACGGUAUAAA